AUGGAGAAUGACGCUUCUCUGAGGCCCCUGCCUGCCAGCAAGGAUCCGGAGGCUCCCGCCGCAUCGGCAGUACCGGCAGUGCUUCCGCAGCCGACUCCCCCCGCAGCCGCGGCCAAAGCGGAAGAGACGGAAGAAGGUCACGAGAACUGGGCUGAGACUGUGGACGGGAUCGUUCGAACUACCAAGGAGGCUUGGAUCAACGGCAGCGGCAAAAUCGACAAGACCAUGAAAUGUGAGACUGCUGCGCGCGGCGAUGAGUGUUGGACAGCUGUGAGCUGGGCAAUGAGCGAUGGGAUCUACGAGCAUCCGGAGUGGUGGGCGGAGCUUCAGGCCGGAGCCUCCAGCUUUGAGGAGUUCCAAGCCCAUCAGCACCUGAUGAAUGCAACGCUGUGCCCGCAGCCAUGCAUGUUGAGGUACGAUGCGUACUCGGUGCCCACGUACCGGUCCUCCCAUCAGUAUGCCAUGAAGGGCGUGUCCUACGGCGCGUCACCUCUGAAGACCACAACCACUCGGCUCAACGAUGACGAUUUCAUGACAGACAUCACUGGAGCCAUGUGGGAUAGCUGGGGACGCGGAGACUUGGAUCUCCUGGAGUCCAUGGGGGUGAACACGCUCCGGAUGUACGGCAACGACUUGAACUACAGCCACCGCUCCUUCCUGGAUGGAGCUUGGAAGAGAGACAUCGACGUCGUUGUGGGGCUGAGUGAUUGGGGCUUCAUCCAGGGUCCGGAUCCCUGCGACAAGAACGGCUGGCAUUGCUUCGACCAGGUCUAUGAGGCUUACACAAGCAACUUGAAGAAGGGAUUCACCAUCAGGAAUUACACCAUGUACCACCCGGCCCUGAAAGCCCUGAUCAUCAGCAAUGAGCCCGACCUCAAGGUCCACCCGCGGACAAAUGUCUGCCGCGCCAUGGUCACCAGCUUGGACGCCAUCCUUCAAGCUGAGAAGGACCUCAAUGUGACCGAGAACCCCAUCGCCCUCACAGUGACCUUUUCCUUUGCGGCGUUUGGAAAGGAAGCUCCAGGGCUUGGCCAGAUGCAGGAGCUUUACGAGUGCAUGAAGCAUCCUGAGAAGUCGCCUACCAACUACGUGCCGAAGAACGAUGUGCUGAGCGCCUACAAGAAGCGCUGGGUCAACAGCUUCAACACGGCAGCGCCUGGGCACGUGGUGGAGGAGCUGUUCCUUGACGAGUAUGCAAAGAGCAUCUUCUGGUCGUCGGAGAUCCGGCUUCCAGUAUUCAUUGGGGAGUACCACAGCGUCCACGUUGGUGCCAAGGAUGAUCUGCCGAUUUUGGUGAGCGAUGCGGUUUCCGAGAAGUAUCCUUUCUACCUGGGCUACAACUUCUUCGAGUUCUCCGUCCGGUAUGACAAAGGCGGGAGUGAGAAGAAGUUCGGCAUGUUCGGCUAUGGAGACUGCCCUUUGAUAGAGAUGAACUACAGCGGACAGUUGUAUACCAUUUGGAAUCUAGUUCCUGCGAGGGACAAGCUCGGCUAUCCACUGGCCAAGGCACUCAAGAAUGCCUUCGGCAAGGUGCGCGCAUGA